AUGCAUUUGAAGCGGUUAGAUAGCGUCGAUGUGCGCGUCACUGACGAGGAGGCAGAUUGUCGCCGCGUCUAUGCGAACCACUUCAAACAUAAAGCUGAGCAGCGGGGUCAGAGUGAGCGGCGCGUCGCACACGAAAUGCGCAAAAAACUCUUCCAUGAUAUCAGACGUUCCAAUGCCAAUCUCAUUAGCAAAUUAGAGAAGUAUAAAAUCGAGCGAACUCCGAUUAUAACUUGUAUCGGACCCGUCAAUGCAGGAAAAUCAUCUGUCGUUAACUAUUUUGCAAAUGAAACUCUCCAGGGUCGGAUGGAAAUAAUUUCGUUGGAGUUUUAUUCAGUGUUCGAUUUGUAG